AUCUAAAGAGUCCCCCGCAACAUCUGGGGAGGUAGAGCAAGAGACUGGGUCAUGACUGAUGUAUCCCGGCAAAAGAGACCAGCUGGGCAGUGGUGGUGGAACCCCCGCCGUUGUCGGAGGGGCCAGGAGAGACAAUGGACCAAUCCGAGAGGCGGAAAACGCGAGUUAUGUCUGGGAAAGUUGGCGGUGCUCAGUGUCGGAACGUCGAGUUCACGAUAACGCUAUUGAAGAUUGAAGGUGUCCAACAACGUCACGCUAUCCAAGUAGUUAGUACAACAGAGCCUCAAAGUAAGGGUCCAGAAUUGGAGUUGCCUCUAGAGCAACACUAGAGACAGCAGAUCUACCACUCAAAAAGCAGCAGCAAGAUUGAUCAUUUUGGACCUUUACACCACCUCAGCAACGAGAGGUGGAGAAAACAAGGGGCGACUGAAGGACGCUAGGAAACCGCAAAAUGGAGCUUCUCUGUGGACCUCGGCCAACCCAAGCUUGCAUUCGUCUGUCUUCCAAUUGGCCGUGUGUCCCACCAAAGCUUCAGAAAUCAUCGAGGAAAGCCACCCUUGCCCGGGCGACUUACGUCGUGCCCUGGGGUUUCUGCUUCGUAACUUGAACGCCCUGAGUGGGAGGACAGAGCUCAUGGGGCUCCAGAAGCCGAGGAAACUGGGGCGAACAGGAGGAAGAAGGAGAGAAAGAGAGAGAGAGAGAAGGAGAGGGAGGGGCCGAGGUGUAAGGAGGGUCCCCUCCCACUUAUGUUAUCGUCCUAUUUCUUUUCUGUCUGCCAUGGGGCUUUAGAUUAUUUAUGUUUUCGUCUUCCCUCCAUUGGAUCGCCUCCCCGGAGACCCUCUUUGAUCUGUUCUUUUCUUGAUCUGACUUACCAUCUGCCGCUCCCGUUUGUUGGUGUCUGACAGUAGCAAGCAUCCCACGCCAUUUCCCCCGAAGCGCAAUACACAUCUCCCAUCUCCGAAUCGACGAGAAACGAGAAACCGCUGACAAGAUGGGUUCCGAGGACGAGAAGCCUUCUACCUACCGGUAUAACGAGAAGCCGACUUACACCACCUCCAAUGGCGCCCCCGUCGAGAACCCCCAGGCGUGGCAGCGCAUCGGUCCCCAGGGCCCUCUGCUGCUCCAGGACUUCCACCUGAUUGACCUGCUGGCCCACUUUGAUCGCGAGCGCAUUCCCGAGCGUGUCGUCCACGCCAAGGGCGCCGGUGCUUACGGCGAGUUCGAGGUCACCCAUGACAUUAGCGAUAUCUCCUCCAUCGACAUGCUCAACCAGGUCGGCAAGAAGACCAAGGCUCUUGUCCGUUUCUCGACUGUUGGUGGCGAGAAGGGCUCUGCCGAUUCCGCUCGUGAUCCCAGAGGUUUCUCUGUCAAGUUCUACACCGAGGAGGGAAACUGGGACUGGGUUUACAACAACACGCCCAUUUUCUUCAUCCGCGACCCUGUCAAGUUCCCUCCCUUCAUUCACACCCAGAAGCGUCACCCGCAGACUAACCUGAAGGAUGCUACGAUGAUGUUUGACUACUGGACCAAGAACCAAGAGUGUAUCCACCAGCUGAUGCACCUGUUCUCCGACCGCGGCACCCCUUACUCUUACAGACACAUGAACGGCUACUCGGGUCACACCCACAAGUGGACCAAGCCCGAUGGCUCCUUCGUCUACGUCCAGAUCCACCUCAAGACGGACCAGGGCAACAAGACCUUCACCAACGAGGAGGCCGGCAAGAUGGCGUCCGAGAACCCGGACUGGCACACUCAGGACCUCUUCGAGGCCAUCCAGCGCGGCGAGCACCCCAGCUGGACCGUCUACGUCCAGACCCUGACCCCGGAGCAGGCCGAAAAGUUCAAGUGGAACGUCUUUGACCUGACCAAGGUCUGGCCGCAGAGCGAGGUGCCGCUGCGCCAGUUCGGCAAGCUCACCCUCAACCAGAACCCCGAGAACUACUUUGCCGAGAUCGAGCAGGCCGCCUUCUCCCCCUCCCACCUGGUCCCCGGCGUCGAGCCCACCGCCGACCCCGUCCUGCAGUCCCGCCUCUUCUCCUACCCGGAUACCCACCGCCACCGUCUCGGCGUGAACUACCAGCAGAUCCCCGUCAACAAGCCCCUGAAUGCCUUCAACCCCCUCCAGAGAGACGGCGCCAUGGCCGUCAACGGCAACUACGGCGCGAACCCUAACUACUCCUCAACCUUCCGCCCCCUCGAGUACAAGCCCGUCAAGGCCGUCAACACCCCGCACGAGCAGUGGGCCGGCGCCGUCGUCACGGACCUCUUCGGCCCCGUCAAGCCCGAGGACUACGAGCAGGCCCUCGGCCUCUGGAAGGUCCUCGGCCGCCAGGAGGGCCAGCAGAAGAACUUUGUCAGCAAUGUCUCUGGCGCCCUCGCCGGCGCUCACCCCGAGGUCCGCUCGCGCGCGUACGAGAUGUUCUCGCGGGUUACCCCCGAGCUCGGCGCCGCUAUCAUGAAGGAGACGGAGAAGAUUGCCGAGCCUACCAAGGAUGUUCGCUCCAAGUUGUAAAAACAUAGACGGGAAAGUUUGAUGAGGAAGCAUCCGGGUUUGCGUUGAAGAAGUGCGUUCCAAGAUCUCGAUGUAAUACCGGAGCCGGAAGCGUCGACGCUGCACGAGGCGUGCCAACACGAAUUCAGUUCAAGGAGAGAAG